UAUUACAGUGGUACGAAUAUGUUGUAAGCAUUCAUAUUCAUUGCAGUUCGCACUCUAUUAUUGCAAGUAUUUUUCUUUUCUUCGUGAUCUUUGCCGAAAGCACAUUAAUGGUCUUCUGUUGACAAUAGUGCUUGACCCUAUUUCGUACCUACGGAAGGCAGCGAAAGCAAAGCGUAGCAUAGCAUUCCAAACUACCAAAGAACAGAACACAAAACAACCGGCACGCAAGAAAAAUUGCGCAACAAUACACUGCGCUCUAGCAAGGAAGAAUUGAAGAGGGAMGAAGACAAUGCUGUUUAGUUCGUCGUGCAAGCAGUGGCGACGGCUKCGGCUGCUAUCGWUGCUUGCGAUCCUGUGUUCGUAUUAUGAUUCCGUCCUGGAUCGAAGUGCAGGUGGAUCGAUGCUAGUGGCAGCAGCAGCARCAACAACAGCACCAGAAGAAGAGAAGGACAACCACUUUGUGUGCGGUGUCUAUCUGGCCAAAUCGACGCUGCCCGGAACCGGCAUUGGCAUGUACGCCGGUCGGAACGGUUACCGCAAAGACGAACUCAUCACUAAGCAACUCGGCGACCACGUGAUUCCGAUCACCGAUCUGAAGGAGACUCACAUCGAUACAGGAUUGUACGACGAGGAUGCCAACGACAUGCGCAAAUACUUUUUGUGGGACCAAUACACCUGGAAUGCACGCGUCUUUGGGCUUAACGUCGAAAAUUUGGCUGCGCACGAACCGGCAAUGGCUAGCGCUGGAUUCGGGGCAGCCGCGAAUUCGUUUAUGGAUUUCGUCAACGUCGAAGAGGGCGGGGUGAAAUUCGGACUGAUGGACAGCGAGGACAGCAACGACGAUGGCAACGACGACCAAAACUACAACAUACACCGCUCGARAGACCCCGGGGCCGGGUCAUUUUCUCCGUUCCACAGCCGUGCCGCAUGGGCUUCUAAAGAGAUUGGUCCCUAUUCGGAAUUCUUUGUGAGCUACGGGGAUCGGUGGUUCACUGAUCGGGCCUGGCGACUGGGAAUCAUCCCCGUCAGCGGGGAUCACGAGGAUGCCGAGAGGCUGUGGAAAUCUUACGACCGGAAUUUCUUGGGGGGGCGCAAGCGCCAACAGGAACAACGAGAACGCGAACGAAAUCUCGAAAAAUUGCAGCAACAAGCAGAAUCGAAGACCGACGAGGACAUCGAAGAAGACGAAAAUGAAAAUGAAAACAAUGASGACGAGGACGAGGACGAAAUCGAGGAUGACGACAAAUUUGACUCUACCCUUCUUAAAAAUAUUUAUCGUGAAUUCUGGGACACGGUAAUCAUCCCCAUUGGGAAGGACACAUGGGGCGAAUCGCGUGUCUUUGCAGCCCUUCCAGAGGCGGGGUCGGACCACUAURAACAAAUGUUAAAGUAUCCGGGCGGUUUUUUGCCGUUCAAGCAAUCCUUGAUGAAGCGUUCUGCAAGUUGGCUCGAGGAGCAUGGCGUGUGCGCCGAUGCCGUCCGCAUUGGACGCUCUACCUUGCCCAACAAGCAGGCUGGACACGGGGCUUUUUCAAGGACCCAUUUCGAACCCGGGGAYGUGGUUCUCACGGCGCCGCUAAUCCAUAUUCCCCACCGAGACAUUCUCGACACGUACUAUGUGUUCGAGGAAAACUAUAAUCAGUUCGAAAGGGACCCAAGUGACGAUGACGGAGAAAAAGAUGACGAGAACAAAAAUCCCGACAGAAUUGAUUACGAUGCCCUUCACGAAGACCGCUUCUUUCAAUACCAGCUCCGUGUCGGAAUGAACAAGACCGGAACCCAACUCUUGAUGAACUACGUCUUUGGACACAAYGAAUCGACUCUGCUCUUGUCGCCCUACGGACCCGGCGUCCAGCUCGUCAACCACAACCAAACGCUCCAAAAUCUGAAACUACAAUGGGCAGAGACUCAUAGGUCCAACCACCACCCAGAAUUACUAGAGAAAUCGGUCGACGUUCUGACCCGAGACCACCCGCUUGGAUCGGUACUGACCCUAGAGCUGAUCGCCACCAAGCCGAUCGCUCCGGAUGACGAACUCUUUCUGGACUACGGUGACGCUUGGGAAGMUGCCUGGAACGAGCAUGUUCGCAACUGGAAACCCUACCCAGGCAAGCAUUCCACCUACGUGAGCGCUAUCGAUCUCAAUACCCGAGAUGAGCACUUGAGGGAGCCCCUACCCAGCCUAUACACCAUGAAAGACCACGAUACUCUACUUCCCCCUUCCGUUCGGCUGAUGGUAAGCAAUGCUUGGAGAAAYGAGGAAUACCGUAGAARGUACGGCGACCAUUCGAUCACAGCCAAGGUUAUGUUUGACGAAUUUGAAUAUGAGCCSGUUGAAGUUGUCUUCAAGAGUGGCAAACGGGAUUCCGAUCCCCAAGACGGCAKUGGGGCAACAACUGACGACGACCACAAACUAUAUCCCCCCGAGCUCGAUCCCACCCUGUACACGGUGGUGGUAAAUGUUCGCAUAGAAGACGAAGAAGAGAAAGACGAAGAAGAAGAGAAAGACGAAGAAAACGAAGGGGAUGACGAAGAGCCCAAAUACCAGCGUGUAACGUUUUCUGAUGUUCCCCGUCGGGCCUUUAUGUUUGAAGACAUGACAGGAACGCAGGACUUGUAUCUACCUAAUGCCUUUCGUCAUCCCAUCUUGAUUCCAGAUGAUAUCUUUCCGGAGGCUUGGAAGAAUCGCAAACACGGCAACAGUAACGAUGACAAGAAACAUGGCGACGCCUUUCCAUCACAGUAUGGUGGGUACGCAGCCUUCACUGCCGCUCAAAAGAAGGCCRAAAAAGAGGCUAAGUCCCAAUCUGAGUUGCCGGCUGUGUAAUGACAGUCACACAAAUGAUGGAAAUCUCCUAGCAGCACCAUGACUAAAGCUUGAAUGGUUCAUUCACGAUAACAUAAAUAAUAGCAACCAGAGCAAAAUUAUUGCGAUGGCAACGACGAAGACUGUGCAGAAUAACGGCCGUAGGUUGCCUUUAACGAAYCAACAACAAACAACAUCAAACUCACCCGAUUCAUCACUCAUUGUACAGCAAGCACUUGCAGCAUUUAUCCCACUGUAGAGUAUUGUCCGAAUUGCGCACAAGAGCAGUGCAGCACUUUUUAAUAUACCAGACGUAGUACCACUAYGGUAGUACAAGUACUCAGAAAGUGUUUAGCACGACACAAUCCAAUACUCACAUGUCAUCAAUACAAUUUAAAUUUAAAU